AAAACGACUGAUAUUAGCAACUUCACCCCAGAUGGAUUUUCCACGCUCUAGUCUUGAUUCCUCUCUCUGAUUUAAAGCUGCGGUAGGGAACUUUUGACGCUCUAGCGGUUAAUAAACAGAACUGCUUGCGUCUUGCGGAAGAAAAUCGUAGCCGGAACUACUUCUCUCUGUUUAUGUCUAUGAAGAAUCACAAAGGUACUGGGUUACUCCGCCGCGGUACCCCCGAAGCAAUCUAAAAUAGUCCGAAUAUAAACACUUAUUAUAGGUGCACCCUAGUGAUUCAGGACAAGCUAAAAACACGGUUUGGAAAAUGGAUUCAUGGUGAACUCGCUUAUUAUAUACAUUUUUCUACAUUUUGAACACAAACAAAGUUACGGACCGCAGCUCUGAUUGGUUGUUUUUUACCGGGAGCGGAUGACUUUCUGCAAAUGGCAAUAGGACCACUGGGAGGAGCCAGAGGAGCUUGAUUUUUUCACAGAUUAUCUGAUAGAAUCACAGAAUUUCACAGAAUAUCAGAUCUGCUGACAUUGUUGUCCUAAUACCUCUUUUAGUUAACUGGGAAAGGAUCUGAAAUCUCUUUGGCUUCACGUAUACUUUUUAUGUAGCUAGGUCUAGAUCUGGACUGACAAUUGGGAAGUUGUAGGUUCAAAGCCUGUGACGGGUGAUUCAUGAACUUUCACCUUUGCACCCUUUGGAACAUAACCCCAGGAUUCCUCAAGCUUUAGAUAAAAGUGACAUUUCUAUAUCUCCAGAUGUAGUUGAGCCCUGCCAGACUGUUGGUGGAAAAGUAUACACAAGCAUACUCUAAUAAUUACCAUUCUGAAAGUAUGAGGAAAGCAGGUAGGACUUAGAUCCCUCAGUGUUUUGACAGCUGCCUGGAGAGUUUUUGUCCUUCACUGCUGUUGUGGCCUUAAAGUCUGUGACUCACCCAGCCAUGAUCGGCCCAGCUGUGUAGCAUGGAUGUCUAGAUCUGAUCAAAGUUAGCGCAGGAUUAGCGGUUAGCGCUGAGGCUGGUGACAGCUCUCGAGUCUCUCUGCAGUUUGAUCUGAUUAGCAGAGAGAGGAUGGAUGAAGAUGAUUGCGAGGUGAAACGUUCCUGGGAAUUAAUUCACACACCUGUGUUUGGUUCCCGGAGAGAUCAUGACAACUCUUUGCUUAUCCAUCAUCAACAGGGAUGCAGAUGUUCGGCGCAUGAUGCUGAUUGCUUUCAUUUCAGUCUAAAACAGGAAGAAUUUCUGUUAUUUCAGACUCUCAAUCAUCUACUAGCCUCUUUUUGAACGUCCUUGUGUUAUGACUAGUGAUUCAGUCUGAGUUUACCCAAAUAUAACAAUUCUGCCAACUUUUACUCACCCUCAUAGUUCUGCAAUCGUUGUUCUGUAGGACAUGUAGAUUAUUCUAGUAGUGUUCUAAUGUCUGGGAAUCUAGUCAGCAUGGAGAUUUUAAGAUUCAGUAAAGACAUAUAAGUAUUAGGAAAGUAACGUAAAAUAAGUCCAGUUGACUCAUGCACCAAAUUUUGAGCCUCCAAAGUUGAUUGCUUUGUGUUAUGAACAGAUAAACGAUUUAGUCAUUUGUCAAUGAUAAUCUUUGUUUUAAGUGAACUGUUCACUACUACGGUACAACUAUACAGUUGAGUCAAUGAGUUGAAAUAAAGGCUGGAAUACACUACACAACUUUUGCCCAGAUUUUCUCACCUGAUUUACAGUCUGGGGAAGUCAAUACUAGUUUCCAUUAGUCAGAGCCAGACUGCAGAUUUUGCCCAGUCAGUAUGUUUCUGUGUGAGUUUGUGUUUCCAAAAUGACUUGAAAGUCUGUUAAGUGUGUGAUCCUCUGUCAUUUAGUUUUUUCUCUCUAACCAUCUGCAAAGUCGACAAGUGUAUGAUGCAAAGUGAUUUAACUAUGUUCAUAUCUGAAAAAGCCAUGCAGUCAUGUAUUCCAGCCUUUAAGGUUUAGAUCAGACUGAAAAGUGAUUGAAGGUUAAAGUUUUUGUGGUUUAUUAGAUGGUUGAUUGAGUGGAAAAUAUGAAUCAUUCAUGACAUCUCCAUUUCUCUUAUAUGAACUCUGAAGUCAUAUGAACCACUUUCAAAACGCUUUAUCAAUGUUGGAACUUGACACCUUAAUUCUCAUCAAAUAUGAUAUUCUUCAGAAACAUACUUUUUGGGCCUCUACAGAAAAAACAAAAGCCAUAGAGGCUUUCAAAAAACAUGGGGGUGAGUAAAGGAUGACAUCAGUUUUGUGUGAAAAAUGUAUGUAACCGCGAGUGCAUAAUUCUCACUCAGAAUUUCCUCAGCCCGUUUGACAUGCUGUCAAAAAAUAGUGUGGCAUUUCUCUCUUAAGUACAAUUUGGUCUUAGUUUGGAAAGUGAUCUGUUUUCAAAGACCGGAGAUCCAUGACCCAAAACCAUUGUUAGUGAACUCUGUCCUUAGCUCAGGACUGAACAAUACACCUUGUUUGGACAGGUGAUCUUAUUCUUAAUGUGAAGAAGGCUUUGAGUGAGAUAACAGGCUUAGACGUCUUUUGGAACAAAGGCGUCAGGUUUUAAUCUGACAGCAGAAUUCCCAGUUAAUGCCACGCAUUCUCCAUUUCAGAUGAAAAAAAAAGAGAAGAUUUUGCCAAAGAGAGGCAUGUUGAUUAUGAAAACUCAUCAAAGCCUUUCCUAAAGGAUUUUUUUUUCUUUUAGUCAUCGCAAAUGAAUGUCAUACAAAACACCCAAAUGCUGCAAAUGGGCUUGUAAAUGAAUGUCAAUUAUGUGGGCCAAUUAGUUUGAUGUGUUUACUGUGUAAACAGAGACUGUUUGUUUGCACUCUCUGCAGGUUUUAACUGGAGCUCUGUUUGCAUUGAGUUUUCAUACUGAGCGUUUCUCAGCUGUGAACCUUUUGAUUCUUCCUUAAUGAUUUAAUAUGCAUCUGUUAUAUCGCUGUUUUUUAAUAUGUAACCCUUGUACGCCGACAACAGAGCGAGAGUGACAAACAGGUCUCCCUGGCGGUUGUACGUGUCUUUGAAAGCGUUUGAGGAUCAGCAACGGUGCUUUUCCCCAUUUUCUCGCCACAUUCCGAUUGCAAAAGUCUGCUUUGUCAUAUUAAUAAGUGAACACAGAAGCUGAAGAGUGCCUGAACUUGUCUAUGGAACACUUCAGAAUGACAGGCCUUUCCAUAUACUCUACUCCUCCCCAAACAGAAAUGGUGGGAUAUUACUCAUUUACUCUUUCAGAGUAACUGAGGUGUGGAUUAGGAGGCAUUAGGUGUCACCGCUGGACGUCUGCUGAAGAGUGAUGCUAGAAGAAACAUCUCUUAAAUGAAGCAUGGAAUCAGUGGUCCCCUAUGAUUGGGUCAUUUCCUUCAAACCCGGCCCUGUUUUAUAGGAUGAGUGGUCAUAGGUGAGUCAUGUGACUCAGGGAGAGGGUGGGACUCACACCUGACUCAGGUGAGAAAAGUUGUCUUGACUCUGGAUCUUCUAAGAAGUUCUCUUGCUGCUGGAUCUCUGGUUUGUUCUUCUGUAACAAGCCUAAAGAGACCGUUCAUCACGUACACAAAUCUAUUUCUGGACUGAAAGGACCUUGUUGAAGUUGGGCCAUGUUUGGCACUGGGCAUUUGGUGUCUCCUCUGUCUUCUGCGGUCUUCCACUCUUCGGCUGCGCACUUCUUCCCAGCGUUUCCCAGCAGGUUGGCCUCACCACAGAUCUUCAUCCCCGGGCCACUGCUCAGCUACGAGCUCCUGCGCAGUUACCUGCAGCCCGAGCCCUGUAAACAGGCUCUGCUAUUGGCCGCUCAGUCCACAGGACAACAUGCGGAGAAUAUCGAUGAACCCCGGCCAGUGAAGCAGCGGCGAGCUCGGGCCAACUACAGCAGCUGGCAGCUGGAGGAGCUGGAGAAGGCCUUCGAGAGCACACACUACCCAGAUGUCUUCAUGAGAGAAGCCCUGGCCCUCAGACUGGACCUGAUAGAGGCCAGAGUGCAGGUGUGGUUUCAAAACCGGCGGGCUAAAAUGCGCAGGCAGAUGAAGCUCCAGAGUCAGGCAGGAGAGCAGUGCGGCCGGCGCGACAGUGACGACAGACAGGAAGAUUCGUCCAGCAGGAGCACAGCUCCAGAGCUCCACAGCAGCAGCAGCCCAGACUGGGACAGGAAACAGGAGAGAGGAAGCCCCACUUGGUCCAAACCCUCCUCAUCAGCUAUCCACAGCCCCGUGAGCGACAUGCUUCAGCGGCCCAGAGAUCAGGAGGGGUCAGAGAUGCCCAGUCCGGAGGACUUCCGCUGCUGUAGCAUUGCCAAACUGAGGGCUAAGGCCAGGGACUAUGAGGCAGAGAUCCACAGCACUGUGGCCAAGACCAGCAGAGAGAGGAAGAUGAAGACACAGGUAUCUGCCACAGGCCUGGAAAGAGACUGAAACAGAUGCAGCCGUUAAACAUUACCUCCGUAUCACACAGGGCACAUUAAAAAUCCCAUUCAAUUCAUUAUUUAUUAUUAUGCACAAUUAUACACGCAAUGAGGUUAAACAGUGUGACUGAGAACAGCGAAUUUCUUCACUCUGUAUUGUUUGUGCUUCUUAGAUUGUAACAAUAUCAUGUGUCAUCUGUGAAACCAAUAGACACUUUACAAAAUUUCCAGGGUUCUCAGAAGUCGUCGUCAUAGUUGGGUAGACUUCCAAAGCAGUUAAUAUAAACUAUAUAAACUCCUGUUUACCCCAAUAGCAAAAGAGAAAUUCAGGAUGGUGUUGCUACAAGUUAACCAACAAGGAAAAAUGAUCAAGAGAUUGAUUACAGAAGAGAAACAUGCAGCAGUGUUAAGUAUUUUUAUGUAAUUUAAUUUCAUUGUAUUAUAGUAAAAAGUACUGUGUUAUAAUUGUACACUAGAUUUAAAAAAAAAAUUACAAUAGUACAACAGUAUUUACAAUAUUAAUAUCUGUGGAAAUGCAUCAACAUAAUCUGUGAAAAGGGUCCAUAGUAAUAUUUUUUUUUAACAAAUGUGAGAUUUAUUUACUUUUAGAAUUAUUCUCUCUUUUUACAUAUUAGUAGUAUUUUGAAUGUUCUUUAAUUAUAAUUAGUAGCAAUUUAUAAACCGCCUUUAAAACUAAAUGUAAAAAAAAAAAGUUUGAGGUUGCUUGCUUCGCUUUAUGCCGACAAUGGACUUUACAACAGCGUUUUCUCAAAUGUUGUUGGACUGACAGCUAGUGAACAAGAGGAGCUAAAAGAAGCAGCUCGUGGUGAUCUCAUCAAUGGCCAACUCCUCUAUCAGCUAUCCUGUUACCCUGCGUGAAAACACAGGAUGUCUGCAAGCUGCCACAGGCCCUCCCUGAACACAAUAGGGACGGCUGAAAACUGCCUGCCUUUUCUGACAAGUGUGCUUUUUAAAGACUGCAACACACUUUUUAUAUGUAUUUUCCUCCUCAGUAGAUGUUGAUUGUGCUGAACAUUUGUUCAUAUACUGUAAUUAUUGCAUAUUUUUUGAAAUCAAUGUUUAUUUCACGUUUCAUGACUAACAUUGGCAUGUUUGUUUGUUUUUUAAGAAAAUCUGCUAUUUAAAGGGAUCAUUAAACCAAAAAACAUUUCUGCAUUAAUGAAUUAAAUGGAAUGAGCACCUGCUACAUGUCCAAUGAAUAUAAAGGUCCUCUGUUAUGGAAUUUCCUGUGGGAUCAGAAGAAUCAUAAAGUCAGCUUCAUUCAAUGUUUGUGCAUCCAAAGCCCUUGUUGAAGAGCCCAAAACUGCAUUAGUCUUUAGGUCUUUA